UUAUUAUCAGCGGGCUGCAGAGCAGUCGCGCUUGCAGCGCUCCAGGUGAACUGAACAUGAAGUGGACUCUUUUGAUUGGUCUCUUGGCAUUCGUUAGCCACCUGCAUGCAAACGAGGAAUGCCCUGCUGGCGAGACAUGUAUGUCAAUAAAGGAAUGUCCGCAAGACAUUACGGACUUGGCUAGAAUGAGACCGAAGCCGAAAGACAUAUUAGAAAGACUAAAGAAAGCUCGAUGCGGUAAACCGGCUGACAAAAAACUUUGUUGUAAAACCCCGCCAGAGUGUUACACAUGGGAUGGACGACCGGGGGUGUGUGAAUUGUAUGACAAAGAACGAACUAAAAAAUUAAAUAUGACACCUUGGAAAAUUAAAAUGUCAAAAUGCAUAAAUAAAAAUCGACUGGAUAUCUGCUACAGUAACGAGCCUGAGCGGCAACACGCUAAUUGCGAGAGCGCCUUUCCGGCUAGCCUAGACUCCGGAUGCUGUGGAAUCGAGAAAAGUGCAGGAGACAGGAUUAUGGGAGGGACAGCGACCAAGAUCGAUCAGUUCCCGUGGCUGGCGUUGCUCAAAUAUCCAAAGCCCUCCAUGUCCUGCAGUGGUGCACUUAUAAGCAGCAAAUACGUGUUAACAGCUGCCCACUGCGUAGACAAUGCUGACAAGGACCAAGCAACCGACGUUGUACUUGGGGAAUACGACAAGAGUACUAACUAUGACUGUGACGAUGAGCUCUGCAUCGAAAAUGCCACUGUCACCGCCAAGAUUCUGCAAAUCAUAAUACACCCCGAUUUCGACCAAAUCCAUAAGAAUUACGACAUCGCUCUCAUUAGACUGGAGAAAGCGGUGCCAUUUACAGAUUUCAUCCAACCGAUAUGUCUUCCGAGCCACGUUGCUGAUUUGACUAAAAAUCCACCAGAAAAGUUCAAACUAGUGGUCGCCGGGUGGGGAGACGUCGAUCCGAAUCACCAUCACUCUUCUAAUGUCAAGCUCCACGUUCAACUGCCGUUCGUCGAUGCACUUGCAUGUCGCCGAACUGUAAGAGAGUUGUGGACAAGUCAGAUCUGCGCCGGCGGCGAGGCGAAAAAGGACUCUUGCAACGGCGAUUCCGGCGGGCCGCUCAUGUACGAAAGGGAGGACGUCGUCUUUGAAGUCCUCGGCAUCACCAGCUACAGCGAGGAGAAGUGUGGCACUGCGAACGUACCCGCGAUAUAUACUAAAGUCCAUUCGUAUAUGAACUGGAUACAUUCUAAGAUUAGGCCGUAACCCACUAACACUACGGCACAAACUACGGCGAGAUUUGGACGUGCGAAUUUUUAAAUUUACAAUGACUAAGUACAAAAUUUAAAUGACACACAUGUAUGUCCCAAUAAGUAGGUAUAACAUACAAUUACAUUUUUAAUUAUAUCUGUUACAUUGUAUUAGCAGUAUUAGUGCUUACAAUAAAUCUGUACAACCAAAAG